GCGGGUCCCCCGGGCCCGGCCUCGACGUGCGGCCGCGGGCCCCAGAUCCGCCCGGCCAGCCCGCUCCGCGCCGCAGAUUUGUUGACCUACAGAAUGCUUCGAUACCCAUAUUUUUGUAGACUCUAUAAAGAAUUCCUUUCAUGCUGGUGGGAAUCUGGCAUAUUUAAUUCAGGUGUCUGGCCAAAAAGAAUACAUGAUACAGCACAAAGGUAUAAUGAGUGUGAAGCCCGGGAGCAAACAGAUCAAAAUGGAACUCAAGAGAUGCACAGACCUCAGGAUAGAGAUAACGAAGCUGUGACUAAGUUACAUAUUCCAGUCAUGGUGGAUGAAGUUGUUCGUUGUUUGGCACCACAGAAAGGCCAGAUUUUUCUAGAUAUGACAUUUGGAUCAGGAGGACACACGAGAGCCAUUCUACAGAAGGAGUCAGAUAUUACUCUGUAUGCCUUAGACAGAGACCCAACAGCGUAUGCAAUAGCCGAACAGCUUUCAGAAUUGUAUCCUAAACAGAUCCGAGCUCUGCUAGGCCAGUUCAGCCAGGCAGAAGCCUUAUUAAUGAAAGCUGGAGUACAGCCAGGGACCUUGGAUGGAGUUCUUCUGGAUCCUGGGUGUUCCUCCAUGCAACUUGAUGCUCCUGAAAGAGGUUUUUCCCUUCGGAAGGACGGCCCCUUGGACAUGAGAAUGGAUGGUGGCAGGUACCCUGACAUGCCCACCGCAGCUGAUGUUGUGAACGCUUUAGAUCAACAGGCACUUGCAUCCAUCCUGAGAACAUACGGGGAGGAGAAGCAUGCCAAGAAAAUCGCUUCAGCAAUCGUUCAGGCACGCAGCCUCUACCCCAUCUCCAGAACCCAGCAGCUUGCCAGCAUCGUUGCAGGUGCAUUUCCUCCCUCUGCUGUUUUUGCACGGAAAGACUUGCUACAACGAUCUACCCAUAUUGCUACCAAGACUUUCCAAGCUCUUCGAAUAUUUGUGAACAAUGAGCUCAAUGAACUUUACACAGGAUUGAAGACAGCUCAAAAGUUCCUGAGACCUGGUGGCCGUCUUGUUGCACUCUCCUUCCAUUCAUUAGAGGAUCGCAUUGUCAAACGAUUCUUGCUUGGGAUAAGCAUGACAGAAAGGUUUAAUCUUAGUGCUAGACAGAAGGUGAUACAAGCAUUACAGUUGGGUUCAGGUCGUGAAAACAUGGAAGGAGCCUCUAUAAGCAAGGCCCCUUUAAUGUGGGAAUUAAUACACAAGAAAGUACUUACCCCAGAUGAUCAGGAGGUACAAGAAAACCCCAGAGCUCGUUCAGCCAAGCUCAGAGCAGCCAUCAAAUUAUGAGAAAGUUUUCAUCAUUUGAUCCUUUAAGUCCCCCCCCCAGUUUCUCUUCUUUUGUUGUGAUAUUACUGAACAACUUAAUGUAAGAAAGUAUGAGAAUUUAUAUCUAUAUUAAGAGAUAUACUAUAUAUGUGUGGAAAUUAAGGAUAUUUACCAUUUUUUUCCUUAGAAAGAAAAUGUCAGAAAUAUUAGCAUGACACAGAAAGUUCAACUCAAGGAGCAGCAGCAUCUCAAAACUGGAAAAAUGUGUUUAUCUGAGCAUUAUAUUUAAUUAUGAAAUACAGUCCUUUCUCUAAGCUCAGGAAAUUUUUUAAAAUGAAGAAUACUGUGAAUAUCUAAAUAUGUAAAUUCAAGCUGUCGAAAGAGAGAAGUUAUAAUUGUAUCUGCAUGCUCUAGAUUCUGAAUUUAGAUAUUCACAUUUGCAACAGACUUUCUGUGGGUCAAAUAAUUAGUAAUGAUCAUGGAAGAAAUUUUAAUUUUUAUUUAGAAAUAAUUAAGUAGUAUUAUAGUCCUCUCAAAUAUAGGUAUUAUGCAAAUUUUAAAUUUUAAAGUAUUUUUAUAAUGCAUCAUAUUGUCAUUUUUGAAAUUAGUGUUCAUUGUUUUAAAGGCAUUUUACAGUAUGAAAUAUACCAUUUUUUCAUGUAUUACAAAGUAAAAAUGCAGAAUUACUCUAAUAGCCCUCACAGAGAAUAUUUCAUGAAACUUCUAUUUGAAGUUAAUUAUGUUUUUUCCCAGAAUGCCUUUGACACAUAAUAAAAUAUGUCAUUAUUUGAUUCCUGCAUUUUUAUUUUUUUUUAAGACUUUAUUUUUUCAUGAGAGACACAGAGAGAGAGGCAGAGACACAGGCAGAGGGAGAAGCAGGCUCCAUGCAGGAAGCCUGAUGCAGGACUGGAUCCCAGGACCCCGGGAUCACGCCCUGAGCCAAAGGUAGACGCUCAACCCCUGGGCCGCCCAGGGAUCCCUGAAACCUGCAGGAUUUUAAAUUGAGCUAUUCGAAAUAAUUCAACCAAGUCUAUUUGAAAUAGAAAUGUAUAUGAUAUAUUAAGGAAUAUACCCCUAAUGUUUUUAUUACCCAAUAGUAACUCUAUUAGUAAAAUGCUUAUUUAGGAGACAUUCACUUGGUAAAGGAUUCUUUAACACAUUAAUGAGAUUGAUUCAUGAUUCACAUAUCAACUUUUUAUAUGUAAAUAUGCAUUUCUAAUUUUUUCAGUUAUUCAGCAACUACUGAACUAGGCAGAGAAACAAAGGUAAAUAAAAUAUACAUACCUCACAGUACUUGUUCUAUGGAGUCUGUAGUCUAGUGGAGAAGAGUGAUGGUAGUUAAAUAAUCACAAAAAUCAAUACAAAAUUAACAGUGGUAAAAGCUACAAAGAAGCUGUACAGGCCACUGCAAGAACAUCUAAUAGGGGUUUCAAUUACUGAAGGAAACUGGGUCUGACAUUAUAAUGCUGAAUUAUGACUUGAAGGAUGAAUAAGAGAUAUAAUUAGUCAAAGGGUAUGUUGGCAUAUUGAUUAAAGGUAUUUAUAAAUGACUGCUUUCUUAAGUAGCUAUCCCUAUAAUCAUAUUUAUACUAUUAAUAUGUUUAGUAAACUAUUCAAAUAUAGGAAAAAUUUAUCUUCUCAAUUAUGGUGACAGAUUCUGAAUUGGUGAGUACAAGUGAAUAAAAUAUCAACAUAAGUAUGGGCAAAGGAUAGGAAUUAAGUAGUUGAAUUCACCUUUGAUUUACUUUACCUCUGUAAUGCUUGACUUUAAUUCUCAAGCUUAUUUGACACUUUGUAGGCUUUAUUCAAAUCAGAGCAAUUCUGCAGUGAAAUUAAUUUCUAAUUGUGGAAAAUUAGAAAAUAUUCUAGGGAGCAGUGUCCUCAAAUUAGAGAAAAAUGACUGUACAUAGGCUACUCCAUUGAAUCUUUCCUGAAAAGAGGUUUCAGUUUUUCUUGCAUAUAAGUCAUAUUUGUGAAUGAGAAAGAUUCCCAAAGAUACAUUCCCAUCCAAGUACCUGGUUAGAAAAUAAGAGAUCACACUCUUUUGUACAAUGACCUAUUUCAUCUGUUAUUUUUGGAUCCUGUAGAGUAUGGGGAUUUCUUGAAUGUUCUUGAAUGUUAGAUGGAAAGUGACUGCAUUGGGUUGAAUAGUGUUUUCCCCUCAAAAAUUCAUGUCCUUCUCAGAAUGUCAGAAUAUGACCUUAUUUGGUGAUACGGUCACUGCAGAUGUAAGUAGUUCAGCUGAAGUCAUGCUGGAGCCGAGCAGGCCCUUAAUCCAGUACGUGUGUUGUCUUAUAAGAAGAGAAGAUGGAGAUGAAGGGCAGAAUGGCACGUGGAGGUAAAAGCGGAGGUUAGAACGAUUCAUCCACAAGCCAGGGCACACCAGGGAUUGCUGGCCCCCAUUAGAAGCCAAGAGAGAAGCAUGGACUAGAUGCCCCCUCAGGCGUACGGCGAGCCACCAACUUUGCUGACGCCUUGACUUCCGGCCUCCAGACUGCAGAACCAUGACACGAUACACUCCCGUUGUUGGAAGGCACCCAGCGUGGGGUAAUUUGUUACAGCAGCUCCGGGACACGGAUACCAUAAUAGAAGAAAAUCUGCACUAUGCAUGAAAAACAUCCCUUCUUCAACAAACACAAAAUUGGUUUAAAACGUGGUAGUGUGAAAAUACAGGAGCUAUUUUCUGUUUUAGGCUGUUAAACAAUCAUUCUUGCCUGCCUCUUUGUCUUUGCUGUGGGAUACGUAAUAAAAUAUAUGAAUGAAUGAAUAUAUGCGUUUUAAAUGGUUAAUGCUGGAAAAUGCUUUUGUGAAGUCCAAAUAAUACAUACAGAAAAUAAACACUGAUUGUUAAAAGAAAUGCGCAUUUCUUUUCUAAUAAAAUAUAACGAAUACAAAACAAGCAAUCGUUUUGCA